AAUAUCGUCGUCAGCUAGGUCACAUCAGAAAGGUGGGAGGGGGGAGGAGAGUUUAGCAGGAGGAACAUCUUGAUUUCAGACAAGAUUCUCAUUCAAGCAUCGGAAGCGCUUCAGGAGUGAUCAAGUAGUGUUUACACACGGAUUCGUGCGCUGUUCAAUUAAUAUUCAUAUUCGGCGUGGGAUAAGAGCAUUGAAUCCGCGACGAAAAGUUGUUUGACUUCACACACUUGACGCGAAGGUUCCACUUCCAGAGUGUGCGGUGCAUUUUUCAUCAUCAGACAACCAUGGACGUCCUCCAUUCUGUUUGUAUGUGCAAGGUCCCGCUUGCAUCGUUGCUCUUGGUCGCUGUUUUACUGCAACUCGAUGUAGUAACGCAAGUGAAUGGCGCAACCAAUGUCAGAUCAUGUCCGAGAGAAAGAAAAGUCCAAGAAGGUUCUGUUAAUAUCAGCUCUUGCGAGAAGAUGCCAUGUAAAUUGAAACAUGGAUCACAGGUUAAUAUUGAAUGGAAAUUCACUCCAGAGGAAGAUGCUACAAGCGUAUCCAAUAAUAUAUUUGCUUAUGUGGCAAAUAUACCUCUACCAUGGAUCGGACAGGAUGGGUUGAAGGUGUGUAAUAAAAUCUACAACGAGGAUGGUGUCACAUUGGCCAACUGUCCAUUAACAGCUGGCAAGGAAUACUUGUAUAAGAACUCUUUCGAUAUUCUACGCAUAUACCCAACAAUUCCGGUGAAAGUACACUGGGCGCUCCUGGAUCAGAAAAGAAAGGCCCUGACUUGCUUUGAAAUUGAUGCAAGGAUAACUGUAGGAUAACUUGUGUCAUUGCAAGAAACUGAGUGAUAAAUUUAAUAAUGGACAGGUCCUUCAUGGAUGAAAUGAUUUCAACUCGUUAAUGCGCAUGGUAAAAUUUUGAUUUCAAAUAAUUUUAAGAUGUCCAGCAAAAAUAUCUUUUGCUAUUCAAAAUCUGUACUAGACAGUAAACAUUUUUCAUUCUAACUUUUUUGGGGGAAGGAAAGUUAAAAAAUCUUAUUCUGCCCUUUCUUUGAGUUAGAAUGAUGUCAGAAUGCUAUCUAUCAAAAUACCUGGAAUACAAUAUAUUCUAGGUACAUUGCUACCUACCAUGUCCAAUGCUAUCUGCUGAUAAAGAAACAGUAACAUCUAAUAUUGAAACAGUUAAGAAUAAUUUCAAAUAGAUAUUCACAUCUCUGAUGCCCGGUUUCACGAAGCUCGGUCAAGACAUUUGAGCAUGGUUAAAUAGAGGACAGUUUACAACGAGUGCACUAACAAAUGAUUUCUAUGGCAGUACCUCGUUACCGUACUAUUGAUAACUCUAGUGCACUUCUGUAAAGAGUACCGAGUUUGUCAUGUUCAAAUGUCUUGACCGAGCUUGGUGAAACUGGACAUCAGAGAUAGAGGAAUUUGUCUACGGUCAUCUGAAUUAUAACUGCUAGAUGAAGCAUUGUUGAGUUUUCUUGGUGAUACUAUUACAGUACUAUUAAGAAGCUAUUUGACUUUUAUUCAUAGAAAAUAUUGUUAAUUUGAUUAGGUACAAUAAUAUUUUCUAGCAGUAUACCACAAUGAUAAAAUUCCAAAUUUUUACUUGUGUUGAAUAAAUUUUCUUUUAUUAAUGAUGAAGCAAACUAAUCAAGCAACUUAAUAAUUACCGUACUGAUUUAAGAAACUAAUGGAGAUUCCCAAUCUAUCAAGAUGGCUAAACAAUGUUUAUUUUUUAAAAAGUCUAUGAUUGAUUUAUUUAUUUGAAGGUGUAAAGUGAAUGAAAAGAUUUAAGGCUUACAUCAAUAAAAAACUUUUGUACCUUGUGGUUCAACAAAAAUUGACUCACGGUGAACUCCAAAAAACUUUGUAUUUAAUUGUUCAUGUUUUAUGUAAAUAUAUUAAGUUAAUCUUC